CCUAUAAAGCGUCCUCUGUCUUAAACCCAAGUUUACAUUGUUAAAGUCUCAUUUUGAUACUAAAGCAGCAUUAAGAUUAGAGCCUGUAUUGUUCUAGUCUUUUUUGUUCCUUUUCAGAUCAUGAAAAUGCUAAAAUAUUUAGUAUAAAUAUUAACCAGAUAUAAACGAAUCAUUUACAAUUAUACAUCCUUUGAUUCAUAAUUGUCACUUUGAAAUACCAAAUUGUUAACUAGUGAAGAACACAGCUUAAGGAAAAACUUUAUAUAUUUUUUGUAGACAAAAGAAAGUUAUUAAUAUGAUGGGUCCUGAGAGUAGAACAGACCUGUGGGACCUGCAUAUUAGGCCCACUAAAGUGAGCUUUAACCAUUGUCUCUUGUUUUUAUCUCCUUUGACCUUUAACAAAGCAUAAUCACUACCUUUGCCUGCGUUGAAAAGUCAUACUUAACCCUUAAAGCUACAAGUCUAUAGAACAUUUGUCUCAAAAAUAAAUAUGCUACAAUCUAAUAACAUUGUCUAUUUGUAGCCGAGAUGGUUGGCGAAAAUGAUCUUAGUGGAUAUAAUAUUCUAUGGUUGGAAUGAUAAUAUUUAUUGCCAUAUUUGCCCUGCAUCGAAAGCUACCUCUACCGAACAAUGUUCCGUAGAGCAAAAGCUUCGUUUUCGUCAUAUACAUUAUCUAUUUGGUAUUGUAGAAGGGCAGUUUGGUGAAUUAACAAGACAUGUAAUCUAAUUACACACAUAAACCAAUGCUUAGAAUUAAUAAGAAACGAAGAUAUAAGUAGGAGACAUGUGUUAACGGCAUCUUCUAUGAGUCAACCAUAGUCCCAAAUUGCCUUUGUACAGAUACUUUAUCUAUACCAAAUUUAAAUUCAAACUCUUCAUUUUUCUACUUCUUCUCUGUUUAAAGUUUUAACAUUGUUUAUCACUGUUAUUUUACAGACAAAUUGCACAUUAAAAGGAACAAACUUUCAUCAAAUUGAGUGCAAGUUUUUUAGCUUUAUGAUUGUUUCUGGUGACCCACAUUCUUAAUUAACUGUUCCCUUCAUAAAGAGAAGAAGAAGAUUCUUCGAAAUCUCUUCUUUUGUCAAGUCUUCUCAGCUAAAAAAGUACAGAAAGCCACCAUUAAUGCUGGUCACCUCUCUGUCUUUAAUGUUCUUAUCACCUUCUUACCUCUAGCUUCCCCAGUUUCUUUCUCGUCUAUGUGUUAAUACGACAAACACACACACACAAGAACACCGAACAUUCUCAUCCACGGUUUCUUUCUGCAUUUCUCCUCACUUCCUUCCUCCACUCUCUUUCUUCUUCUCCUGCUUUUCGUUUCCUUGGAGUUUUUUUCUGUAGAGGAGAGCGUCUAGGAUCACGAGCUGUGUUUAGUUUCCUUGACUUGAGUUGACUAGCCGUUCCUCUUUGAGUUAAGUUCAUUGUCUCCACAGUUUCUGGAGACAUUGUGUGUGAAUUUACAAAGACACCUCUAUUGGUCUCUUUCACUUUCCUCUUCUGCUAAUUUUAUCAUGAUUCACUCAAAGGUCUCACCUUUACUCUUUCUUUCAUGGCUCUUGCUCUUACAAACCACCCAUCAACUUCAAAACUCUCAGACCCAGGUCCUGUACCAGCUCAGGAAACAUCUAGAAUUCCCCAAAGCUCUCGAAUCUUGGGGAAGUUACUACGGAGACUUAUGUCAAAUCUCUGCAACUCCUCACAUGAGCAUCUCCUGCGAAGGUAACUCCAUCACGGAGCUUAAAGUCAUGGGAGACAAGCUUCUAAAACCGUUUGGUGAGUUUGAUGGAGCUUCACUACCAAACCGUACUCUCUCUGAAGCUUUCUUAAUUGAUUCCUUUGCUACUACAUUGACAAGGCUAACAAGCUUAAGGGUCCUUAGCUUAGUGUCACUAGGCAUCUUUGGUGAGUUACCAGGGAAGAUUCAUCGGUUGUAUUCGCUCGAGUCCUUGGAUUUGAGCUCGAAUUAUCUCUUUGGUUCUGUCCCUCCUGAUGUUUCCAGAUUGGUUAAGCUUCAAAGCCUGAUGCUUGAUGGAAACUACUUCAACGGCAGUGUUCCUGACGCGUUGGCUUCCCUGACUAACCUCACUGUUCUUAGCUUGAAGAACAACCGGUUCAACGGGCAGUUUCCUUCUUCAGUUUGCAGAACUGGAAGACUAACGAAUCUUGCUCUCUCUCACAAUGAGAUCUCUGGUGAGUUGCCUGAUCUUAGUAAGUUAGAGCAUCUCCAUAUGCUGGAUCUAAGAGAGAACCGCUUUGACUCUGAACUACCUAUGUUGCCUAAGAGAUUGGUUACUGUUCUUCUGAGCAAGAACUCAUUCUCCGGCGAGAUUCCUAGACAUUUUAGCGGUUUGUCUCAGCUUCAGCAUCUUGACUUGUCGUUCAAUCAUCUUACCGGAACUCCACCUCGGUUCUUGUUCUCCUUGCCAAGCAUUAGUUACUUGGACUUGGCGUCUAACAAGCUCGGUGGGAAGCUGCCACUCAAUCUCACCUGUGGAGGCAAACUCGGUUUUGUGGAUUUGUCUAAUAACAGAUUGGUUGGGACUCCUCCUCGCUGCUUGGCAGGCUCUUCAGGUGAGCGUGUUGUUAGGCUCGGUGGAAACUGCUUGUCUAUAAACAGCAGUCAUGAUCAGCAUCGAGAGUUCUUAUGUGAAGAAGCUGAAAGAAAGCAGUUGCAAGGAAGGAAAAUUGGGACUUUAAUUGCGAUGAUUAGUGGAGCUGUUCUAGUUCUUGCUUUGGUUGCACUCGGACUAGUCCUGUUAUGUGUAAAGCGUUCAUGUUGUUGUUGUUCAAGAGGAAAGUCAGUACCGAAAACUCGGCUUAAGAUUCUGACUGAUAAUUCACACACCAGUCUCUCCUCUGCAGUUCUUGCUAGUGCAAGGCUAAUCUCUCAAACAGCGAAGCUAGUUGCACAAGGUGUGCCCUCAUGCCGUUCAUUUUCUUUUGAAGAGUUAAAGGAAGCCACAGAGGGUUUUCAUUCAUCACGUUUCUUAGGUGAAGGCUCCCUUGGAAAGCUAUACAGAGGAACACUGGAAAAUGGAAGUUUUAUAACUGUGAGAUGUUUGGUUUUAUCAAGAAAAUUCUCUAGCCAAAGUAUCAGAGGUCACUUAGAUUGGAUGUCUAAGCUCAACCAUCCUCAUCUCCUUACCUUCUUGGGCCAUUGCACUCAAACCAGCGGAGAACAUGAUCCUGCAGCUACCAUACUCUACCUUGUUUACGAGUAUAUUCCCAACGGGACAUAUCGUGCGCAUCUCUCAGAGUCUUGCUCGGAGAAGAUCCUAACGUGGCCAGACCGGUUAGCAAUUCUGAUUGAGAUAGCAAAGGCUGUUCAUUUUCUCCACACCGGUGUAAUGCCUGGCUCCUUCAACAAUCAUCUGAAGACUAACAACAUUUUGCUUGACGAGCACAAGAUUGCAAAGCUCAGUGACUAUGGAGUCUCUGCCAUCAUUGAAGAGAAUGAAAAGCUUGAGACAAAGUCAGAAACCAACAACAAGUCAAAAAAAACAGCUAAAAGAGAGGAUGAUGUGUACAACUUUGGAUUCAUACUUCUUGAAUCUCUCAUAGGACCAUUACCCACUACAAAAGGAGAGGCCUUUAUUCUCAAUGAAAUGACGUCAUUUGAGAGCCAAGACGGUCGUCAGAAAAUAGUGAGUCCAACGGUGCUAACAACUAGCUCUCAGGAGUCUUUAGCGAUUGCCAUCUCAAUCGCUAAUAAAUGCGUUUUGCUUGAACCUUCCGCAAGGCCUUCCUUUGAAGAUGUUCUAUGGAACUUACAAUAUGCGGCUCAGAUGCAGUCUGCCGCAGACGCUGAACGCAAGUCUGACACGUCUCCAUGAAUCCGGAGUGCGAGUGUUUGAUAAUUUUUUUUUUUUCGGUUUUUCAAAAUGUAAAGUUUUAUAAGUUUGGUCUUAAUACAAGCUAGCAUAUUAAGGUUUCUAAUA